AUGAGACCGAAAGUCACUGGUCGACGUAAGCUCUCGGCUCUUGUAAGUAAGCAUGGCCUAACUAAACGUAAGUCAGAAGCUUUACCUAAAUCUAAGUCAGAUGAUAUUACUAGUCAGUCGUCACCCGUUGCAAUUGGUCGGCAGCUUAAUCUGUCUGCACUUGACCACUGCAAUGACUUUAUGCUAAAGUUUGGCUCUUUGCUGACAAUUCUUGGACAUUUAUUUGACGGGAACAUCUCCGAUAUUCCCUCUGAAGAAUGUAGGCAUCUCAACUCACUUGUUCACCUGAUCACCAGUGAAUCUAGCGAUAGACAGAAGCGUUCUUACAACUUCCUGCUAAAAAAUGUUCCUCGAUCUGCUCGGCCAAUUGAUGUUGCAAACAGUUUCCUGUAUUCAUGUGGUUUCAACUAUAAAAUAGCCGAUGCCAAACGCGUGUCCUCCCGUAGUACAAAUCCAUCCAUAUUAGUCAAAUUGUUUUCAUCAAUCGAGGUUGACACAAUCUUUACUCACCGAGAGCGUGUCACUGCGUACCUAGAGAAGGAAAAAUUUUUCCUUUGUCAUGAUCUUACUCCUAUGGAGCGUAGAAUCGGGUCUCUACUCUUACGUAAACCCACUGCUUCUCAGUCUAAUGCUCCCCAACUCGGUCAUAAUACAAGUGGCCGUAAGGAUUCAGCUUCUCCUACUCCUGCGACAUCUGACUCCCUCCUUCCUCUUUCUCCUACAUCUCCAUCUCACUCGAGCCACUUGACGCAUUUGCCUGCCCCGAAACUUGCAGCAGCAGCAGCAGCAGCAGCAGCAGCAGCAGCAGCAGCAGCAGCAGCAGCAGCAGCAGCAGCAGCAGCAGCAGCAGCAGCAGCAGCAGCAGCAGCAGCCCCAUUUGUCGUUUCGUAUCCUCCGGAUAGUCCCGCUGAGACACAUGAAAAUCCGUCUACAUCAGCUAGACCGAUAA